GGGCCGGAAGAGCGCGUGUCACGCCGCAUUCCGAGGUCGAAUCCAUGUGCGAAUUGGGUGCGAGGGACCCGCUGAGUAGUGUCCCCGGGUGAGAGGCUGUGGGUUCCAGCAAAUAGACGGUGGUCCCAGUUGGGAGGGUGCCCGUUAGAAAGCGGUGGUCCCAGUUGGGAGGGUGCCCGUUAGAAAGCGGUGGUCCCAGUUGGGAGGGUGCCCCUCAGAAGGCGGUGGUCUCAGUUGGGAGGGUGCCCGUUAGAAGGCGGUGGUGCCAGUUGGGAGGGUGCCCGUUAGAAAGCGGUGGUGGCAGUUGGGAGGGUGCCGUUAGAAGGCGGUGGUGCCAGUUGGGAGGGUGCCCGUUAGAAAGCGGUGGUGCCAGUUGGGAGGGUGCCCGUUAGAAGGCGGUGGUGCCAGUUGGGAGGGUGCCCGUUAGAAGGCGGUGGUCCCAGUUGGGAGGGUGCCCGUUAGAAGGCGGUGGUCCCAGUUGGGAGGGUGCCCGUUAGAAAGCGGUGGUCCCAGUUGGGAGGGUGCCCGUUAGAAGGCGGUGGUCCCAGUUGGGAGGGUGCCCGUUAGAAAGCGGUGGUGGCAGUUGGGAGGGUGCCCGUUAGAAGGCGGUGGUGCCAGUUGGGAGGGUGCCCGUUAGAAGGCGGUGGUCCCAGUUGGGAGGGUGCCCGUUAGAAGGCGGUGGUCCCAGUUGGGAGGGUGCCCGUUAGAAAGCGGUGGUCCCAGUUGGGAGGGUGCCCGUUAGAAGGCGGUGGUCCCAGUUGGGAGGGUGCCCGUUAGAAAGCGGUGGUCCCAGUUGGGAGGGUGCCCGUUAGAAAGCGUUGGUCCCAGUUGGGAGGGUGCCCGUUAGAAGGCGGUGAUCCCAGUUGGGAGGGUGCCCGUUAGAAAGCGGUGGUCCCAGUUGGGAGGGUGCCCCUCAGAAGGCUGUGGUCCCAGUUGGGAGGGUGCCCGUUAGAAGGAGGUGGUCCCAGUUGGGAGGGUGCCCGUUAGAAGGAGGUGGUCCCAGUUGGGAGGGUGCCCGUUAGAAGGCGGUGGUCCCAGUUGGGAGGUUCCCCGUUAGAAGGGGUUGGUCCCUGUUGGGAGGGUCCCCAUUAGAAGGCGCUGGUCCCAGUUGGGAGGGUGACCACUAGGUGGUGGUGGUGGUCCCAGUUGGUUGGGACCCCCAUUAGAAGGAGUUGGUCCCAGUUGGGAGGGUGCCCGUUAGAAGGCAGUGGUCCCAUUGAGCCGAUAACCCGUAUUUGCGCCAUGUCUGAGGAGGCGGAACUGACCCUGCUGCGUCAGAGGGUUCAGGUACUGGAGCAGGAGGUCUUGCGUCUGGGAGCCCUGACCAGGGAGACCUCGCAUGUUGACACCACCAGGAAACCGUCAGCUAAGCAGCGGCCUCAGCGCCCAUUUGAUUUCUCUGCGCAUCCCAAGCAGCACGUGGCUCUGCGUCUGGCCUACCUUGGUUGGAGCUACCAUGGUUUUGCCAGCCAGGAAAACACGGCUAACACUGUGGAAGAGGUGCUUUUCGAGGCCCUCACCAAGACUCGGCUACUGGAGAACCGACAGACCUCCAACUAUCACCGCUGUGGCCGUACGGACAGGGGGGUCAGCGCACUGGGGCAGGUCAUCUCUCUGGACCUCCGGACUGCUGCAGCGGGGAAGCCGGAGCUCAGAUACACCCAGAUGCUGAACCGUGUCCUGCCACCUGAUAUCCGGGUGCUAAGCUGGGCUGUUGUACCUUCUUCAUUCAGCGCACGCUUCAGCUGCCGUUCCCGAACCUACAGGUACCUCUUUCCCCGCGCACAGCUGGAUGUGGAAGCAAUGGACCGAGCUGCACGGCUGCUCGAGGGGACUCAUGAUUUCCGCAACCUUUGCAAGAUGGAUGUGGCCAAUGGGGUGGUGACCUUCGUCCGUACCGUGCUCUCUGCUAAGGUGGAGCCUGUCCCGGAGCUUCCAGAGGGCGGAGGAGCAUUCCAGCUCUACCACCUACAGAUCACGGGCCUGGCAUUUCUUUACCACCAGGUCAGGUGCAUUAUGGGAGUCCUCUUUCUGAUUGGUCAGGGCAAGGAGGAACCUGAGAUCAUUAGAGAGCUUAUGGACGUGGAGAAAAAUCCCCGCAAACCCCAAUACAAUAUGGCGGUGGAGUUCCCCCUGGUGCUCUAUGACUGUCGGUUUGAUGACAUGCAGUGGGUCGGAGAGAAGGAUUUCCAGGCCGUUACGGUAUCGCACCUGCAGCGCCUGUGGACACAAGAAGCAGUGAAGGCGCAGAUCCUACGUAUGGCGUUACACCAUCUGGACUCCAUGCCCGUCACCAUGACUCCUGGGCAGCAGCCUGUCUCAUGGAGCCUGUGUCAGCCAGCAGUUCUCAGCCAGAGCAGUGGCCUCGUGGAGGGAGUGAGUGCACGCACAUACACUCCUCUGAUGAAGAGACAUUUGUGUCAGGCACUGGAGGAGAGAGUGCAGCACUAUGUACGGCGUGGAAGGAUUGCAGCGCCCCCUGAUGGAGGUGAUGUGCAGAUUGCAGAUAGCAAAAAACAGGAUUGUGAAGAUGAAUCUCCGAGAGGGCGCAGCGCUAAAUCCAACUGCACAUCUCACCUAGUAACUUCUACAGGGCGAGAAAUCCACAGCCAAGAGACAGGAGAUGAGACCGUCCAGCAGAAUGUCAAGAGAGUGUGCCUCAGUCUGCACAAUGAGAGUGUAUAGCGCAUGAUGCACACAGGCCCUCAUUCCGAGUUGGUCGCUCGCUAGCUGCUUUUAGCAGCAUUGCACACGCUAGGCAUCGCCCCCUGGGAGUGAAUCUUAGCUUAGCAGAAUUGUGAAUAGAAAUUUCUUAGUUUCUGAGUAGCUCCAGACUUACUCCUACACUGCGAUCAGUUCAGUCAGUUUCGUUCCUGCUUUGAUGUCACAAACGCUCCCUGCGUCCGGCCAGCCACUCCCCUGUUUCCCCAGGCACGCCUGCGUUUUUACCUGACACGCCUGCGUUUUUUAGCACACUCCUGGAAAACGCUCAUUUACCUCCCAGAAACACCCAGUUCCUGUCGAUCACUCACCGAUCAGCAGUGCGACUGAAAAGCGUCGUUAGAGCUGGUGUAAAACUGCAUCGGCUUUUGUGAAAGUACUUUGCGCGUGCGCACCAUACGCAUGCACAGAAGUGCCGAUUUUUAGCCUGAUCGCUGCGGUGCGAACAACGGCAGCUAGCGAUCAACUCGGAAUGAGGGCCAUAGCCGGCUGUAUAACAUCCUUACAUCCGGAACAUUCUUUCUUCUUUCUCUUUUUUCUUUUAAAUAAAUUUGGGGAAAUCCAGGUUUUACUGUG